CGGACGAGUUGAUGGAAGAUUUCAUCAUGAUAAGCUUGCAGUCUAUGUUGAUUUAGCAGGAUUCUUCGAGAUGACUUGAUGGAUAUAUGCAUUUAAAAGGUCUUUAAAAUGUUUGCGCCAGCUGGUCAACCAGAACUUGUUCGUUCAAACCAGAAAGAUGUAUACUAUCUUGGUUUCUUAAGAGAAGGCAUCGGACAAAUAUUCAGGAACGUACGAGGCCCUUUCUCUUGGAUCAAAUGGAAGACAGAGUUAGAUUUAUUUGCUGACAUCUGUUAUUUUGGUCUAACUACAAUAAGUGGAUAUCAGACACUUGGUGAGGAGUACUGUAAUAUUGUGCAAGUGGACACAAGCAAGACAAGGAUCCCUUCAACAUUGCUGAGAGGAAGUCUUGUCUUUCUCUACGCACUUGGUCCAUAUCUGGUUGACAAAGCUUUAACAAGGCUGGAACUUUGGUUGCAAACCCAAGGCGAUUCUCCUUAUGGAAUUCAUCCAAGAGUGAGAAAUACUUUAUCCACCUUGAUCCCCAUUGUCAGAGCAGGUGUUGUUUAUGUCCACCGAGCGCACCUGGCAUUGUUUUACUUGAACGGCAUAUUUUAUCAUAUUGCGAAAAGGAUCACUGGAAUUCAAUACCUGCUUGUACGAAACAGUCUCAGGAAUGACGGCUCCAGACCAACUUACCGCCUGCUUGGCUAUCUGUCCGUUGUACAAAUGAUUAUCACUUUGAUUCUGACAAUGUUCCAGCAUCUGAAAUCUGGCAAACCAUUGGAGCGCCUCGUCUCACAAGACAAGCCAGCGGCUACAAGCAUCAAUACUAGUAGCGGUAUAAAAUGUGCACUGUGCUUGGAAAAACUGCAAGAGAAGACAGCGACUCCGUGUGGACAUCUUUUCUGUUGGAAGUGUAUUACAGAAUGGUGUGCCAGCAAGCCUGAAUGUCCGUUAUGUCGUGAAUCUGUUCAGCUGUCCAGGUUGGUUUUCCUGCAUCAUUACGAACCUACAUGAAGGCCCCACGUGACCUGUAGUAACGUUUACAGACAAACGCACCCUUAGAAGCGACUGGUUGUAUCAGCUGUGUUUAGAGCCUCUUAUAAUUUUGGUGACGGUGAAUCGAUAGAUUCCUCUAGCUUAUUACUAUCUGAACCCAGUUGUGCUAGUUACGGGCCAUGUGGAGAGUUUUGCGCUACAAGAAGGUUAUGACUAUGAAGAAGCAAAAUAAUUAUCACUUCGUUUGAUGCAACUUUGAUUGUCAAAGAAAGCUGACAGAGCAUAUUUCCAAACUUUUAUAAAUUUCCUGCAUAGUUCAACAUUUGAUGAUCUUUUUUCGCUGUAAUUUUUAGGAAGUAUUAGGGAUUAUUUACUUAGUGACGUGAGCACUCAUCGAUAUCGAGCUUGCGUUUGUUCAGUUCUCAUACCUUCGUGUUUACUUAUUUUGAUGUGCCGUGUACCCGUUUGAAGGAAAUUUCAUUCCUCAAAAGCAUAAAACGGACACUAUUGCUCCUGACCCAGGCUGCGAUACAAUGUACCAUUUCAACUUGAUAUUAGAGAGAUUUUGGUAUUUAAGUUCAAAACUUUCAUCAGAUACGCGAUCCUGGGUGUUUUCGAAAUUCGCAGUAAAACCAAAUAAAAGCUACUAACAUUGUCUGAGCUUGCUUUCGAAGACUGCGUGGCUGUAAUGUAAAUACUAACUACACAUACUUUUCGAUCUCUGCUGGAACACAUCGCUUUGAGAAAACAUCGAUAUAACACCGAUCUAACCGCGACAAUUACACUAGCUUUAGUGAUGUUCUCAGCUUUGAAAAUACAGAUUUAAAGUGCUUGUUUCGGAAGGCGAACAAAAAGGGAUUCAGCGCUGAGUUAAGGUAGCAAAGCAUUAACAACAUCUUAGAAAGUUCGUAAGGAUAUGGCGUUAAGCCGACCAAGUUUGCGACGAUGCUGAAAUACGAGAAUGGCUGCCAGCAGAAGAAGAUAGCCACGACGAACAUUGAAGUAGUCUUUCGGCUCUGAUGUUCUUUAAGUACACCUUUUUUUCAUCUAUAGUCGGCUGUUUAGCUGAUGACAAGCCACCAUUGUUGCCAAACUUCGGCCCAUGAUUUCGGGAAAUGCGAUAAAUGAGGAUGUAAAACAAACAUGUGACCAGCAAAGGGAGUAUAAAAUUUA